AGUUACAGUCACCUUCACACGGCGGCAUCGUUUUUUAUUGUUCAUUAGUGUUUAGCGAAAAUACUGUUGUGAGAUUCUCGGCGUGUGAUUUUGAAAUUGUAGAGAGAGAAUGGUUCUAUCAAAUAAGAAGCUUAAACAGAAGCUUAGAGCUGAAUUAACCCUAAAUCAAAUCAAACCUGAUUCUGAUGCUCCUUCUUCUUCUUCCAACUCUCUCAAACUUCUUCUUCACUCUGAAUCCCACAAACCCAUUUUGUCCAAGAGAGAUAAACUCCGAAAGCUUCGACCUUUGCAACAACAACCUCAACCUCUUCCUUCGCAACCAUCCAUUGAAGAUGAAGGAACCAACAACAAGGAAACUGUGAUUGAGGGUUUGGAAAAGAAGAAGGAUAAAAAGAGAAAAAGGAAGGUAGAGAAACAGAAUGAUGAUGAUGAUGGUGUUGAUGCGGCUAAUGCUAAUGGGGUUGUUGUUAAGGAUACCAAAUUAUCAAAGAAAAAGAAGAUUUUGCUGAAGCAAAAGAAGAAAAUGCAGAAGAAGAAGCAGAAGGAGAAGAAAAAGUUGGCCAAAACUGCAGAAGAAGAAAAUCGUCAAAAUCAUCAAGAGGAGGAAAUGCCACAAGCUACAGUGUUGAAUAACACCACUACCAAUACCAAUACUAAUAUCCCUAUCACUACCACUAUCACUACCAGUCAAGAAAAUGGUGAUGUUGCAACAAAAGUUUAUGUUGGAGGAAUUCCUUACUAUUCAACUGAGGAUGACAUUCAAAGUUAUUUUGAAGGUUGUGGCACCAUCACUGACAUUCAUUGCAUGACUUUUCCAGACACUGGCAAAUUUAAAGGGAUUGCAAUCAUUAGUUUUAAGACUGAAGCAGCGGCCAAACGAGCAUUGGCUUUUGAUGGAGCUGACAUGGGAGGACUCUUUCUUAAAAUCCAACCGUAUAAAGCAACUCAAGCAACUCGAUUUACGCCGCAAAUGAUGGAAGGAUACAAUAGAAUAUACGUUGGAAGUUUAUCAUGGGAAAUAACAGAGGAAGAACUAAGGAAAUUCUUUUCAAAUUGCAAUAUAGCGUCCAUACGAUUUGGUAUGGACAAGGAAACGGGAGAAUUCCGGGGGUAUGCUCACGUGGAUUUCAGUGAUAGCCAGUCACUGAAGACAGCACUUAAAUUAGACCAAAGUGUCUUGUUUGGAAGGUCUGUCAGAAUAAGCUGUGCAGUUCCUUUGAAGAAAAAACCAAAUGCGGGCGAAAAACCAGAUGCAGGAGAAACAUCAAAUGGAGGUGAAAAACUAGGUGCCGUAGAAAAACCAGUUGCGGUAGAAACACCAGCUGCGAUAGAAACACCAGCUGCGGUAGAAACACUGGUUGAGGAAGUUGUGAAACCAAGUUCCUUGGGAAGUGGCAAGAGGAAGAAUAGGAUGUGCUACGGGUGUCGUCAGAAAGGACAUAAUCUUUCAGAAUGCCCUAACAAUCAAACAGGCGCAUCUACUCCAAUCUAAAGCAUGUAGGAAAACAGUGUCAUAUUGGUAAUUUAGUAUUGUUUCGUCACGAAGACGGUUCGAUUUUAGUUUUUUUAAAAAAAAAAAAAUAGGGCAGUAUCUUUAAUGAUCACUUUCCUUAUAUUUACCAAUUUUUUCUCUGGAUGAGAAUUCAUUUAGCCUUUGAGAUAAGCAAGGGGAUAAUGAAAUUCAGUAGUUUGAGGCUUUAUUAAUUUAUUCACAAAUGGUUAGACAAUUUUAAUGUGAAUUAAUAAUAAAGCUUCCAAGCUUUCUUUUUGUUGUACUUGUAUUUUAACUUGGUGGUUUUCCGUAAGGCUUAUUGUAUGGAUUAUUUUCCUCUUUUAUGUUCAUGGCUCAA